CACACCCACUUCCGGCCGGCUCCCAUCCUUUCCGGCCCGCCCGCCGCCAUCAUGAAGGUCGAGCUGUGCAGUUUCAGCGGGUAUAAGAUCUACCCGGGCCACGGCCGCCGCUACGCCCGCACUGAUGGCAAGGUUUUCCAGUUCUUGAAUGCAAAAUGUGAGUCUGCAUUCCUUUCCAAGAGAAACCCCCGUCAAAUCAAUUGGACUGUUCUAUAUAGGCGUAAGCACAAGAAAGGACAGUCAGAAGAGAUACAAAAGAAGCGCACACGCCGUGCUGUUAAGUUUCAAAGAGCUAUUACUGGUGCAUCCUUAGCUGAGAUCAUGGCUAAGCGAAACCAGAAGCCUGAAGUCCGAAAAGCGCAGAGGGAACAAGCUAUCAGGGCUGCAAAAGAAGCCAAGAAGGCCAAGCAGGCCACCAAGAAAACGGCUGUUUCUGCUGCAAAGGCUCCAACAAAGGCAGCACCUAAGCAGAAAAUUGUGAAACCAGUCAAGGUUUCUGCUCCCCGUGUUGGUGGAAAGCGCUAGCUUUUUCAUGUUAGCCAUACUGAAUAAACAUCUAACUCGCUUUCACAACUUGUGCUCUUUUCAACUGUGUGACACGUGCUGAAGAGAAUUAAAGACCAGUGAACACC